CUAAGGGGAAAAACCCCUUCGUCGCUGUUGCUGGUGGAGAGGGUUUUGGCGCUCAAUUCCACAACCCCCGAAGCCCCCAACGCGCGCUGUAGCGAGAAAGGGUUUUUAUUUUUUUUUCCUCUCUUUUGGUGGCGCAUCGCCGAGUUCCCGAAGGAAACCCUAUGGCGGAGAUCAUGGAGAUCGACGACGACGACGACGCCCCCGCCGCUGCGCCGCCACCGCCGAAGCUCGACAAGGGCAAAUCCCCCCUCGCUCACGACGUCGCCAAAUCCGCUCCCUGGGUCGAGAAGUACCGCCCCAAAUCCCUCGCCGACGUCGCCGCCCACCGCGACAUCGUCGACACAAUUGAUCGUCUCACCAACGAGAACAGGCUCCCGCAUUUGCUCCUUUACGGUCCCCCGGGGACGGGGAAAACGUCGACGAUCCUCGCCGUCGCGCGGAAGCUCUAUGGUUCGCAGUACCAGAACAUGAUCCUCGAGCUCAACGCGUCGGAUGAUAGGGGGAUUGGUGUCGUUCGGCAGCAGAUUCAGGAUUUCGCGAGCGCUCGGAGCCUGUCGUUUGGAGCAAAGCCUUCUGUUAAAUUGGUACUGUUGGAUGAAGCAGAUGCAAUGACCAAGGAUGCACAGUUUGCUUUGCGUCGAGUGAUUGAGAAACAUACAAAGAGCACAAGGUUUGCACUUAUCUGCAAUCAUGUCAACAAAAUAAUACCAGCAUUACAGUCAAGGUGCACUCGCUUUAGGUUUGCUCCCCUUGAGGCUACCCAUAUUAGAGAACGUCUACAGUAUGUGAUAAAAGCUGAAGGGCUUGAUGUGGAUGAGAGUGGCCUUACAGCACUAGUACGGUUGAGCAAUGGUGACAUGAGAAAGGCUUUGAACAUAUUGCAGUCAACGCAUAUGGCUUCUCAACAUAUAACAGAAGAAGCCGUCUACCUUUGCACUGGAAAUCCAAUGCCAAAAGACAUUGAGCAGAUAGCCUAUUGGUUACUGAAUGAAUCAUUUACAACCAGUUUCAGAUAUAUAUCUGAUAUAAAAAUGAGGAAAGGAUUGGCGUUGAUCGAUAUUGUGAGGGAGGUUACUAUGUUUGUUUUCAAAAUACAAAUGCCAUCAAAUGUCCAAGUAAAACUAAUCAAUGAUUUGGCAGAUAUCGAGUAUAGGUUGUGUUCUGCAUGCAAUGAUAAGUUGCAGCUUGGAUCAUUGAUCUCUACUUUCACUAACGCCCGUUGUGCCAUUGUUGCUGCUGCGAAGUAACAUUGAAGUGAAGCUGCGGCCUUUUACUUUUCUGAUCUGACAAGAGAAAUUAUACUUUUUGGUGAAUCUGGCAUAAUUCAAUGAGGCUGUUUGGCUCCUGUGCGCAGCAAAUUGAGGGGAAUUGCUGUAACUUAACCAUUGUAAGAUAGCUUGUGUUUUGCAAAACUAUGUGUUGACCUGUUAUGAUCAAAAUCUGUUUGUUGCACUGGCCGUGUUGAGGCUGGAGGAAGAGUGGAAAUUGCGUUGUUAUUCGGUUCUCUAAUCUGCAUCGUUGUUGUGCUCUC